UGGAGAGGAUAGUACAAGUGCAUCUCUCACUGUGAAAGCUGGAUUAAAAGAACAAGAAGUGACACCUGAAUUCAGUGAGAAACUUGAGGACAUCAAAGAUGUAGAACAGGGAAAAGCUGCAGAGUUCAGAGUGAAAGUCAAAGCCUUCCCUGAUGCUGAAGUUUCAUGGUGCAAAGAUGAUGUGUUGCUCAAAGAGGAUGAUUCUGGUCAUUUUACUUUCUCCCAUGAGGAGGAUGUGCACUCCUUGAAGAUACAAGAUGUGACCCCCGAAGAUUCGGGGACAUACACUUGUAAAGCAAAGAAUGAUCUUGGAGAGGACAGCACAAGUGCAUCUCUCACUGUAAAAGGUACAAAAUAUGAAGU